AUGGCAAAGGCUUAUGACAGGGUAUCAUGGUUAUUUCUAACUAAAGUCUUGAGGAGAAUGGGGUUUGGUGAAUUUACUAUUGAUCUGGUGUUUAGAGUUAUCUCAAAUAAUUGGUAUUCCAUUCUGAUUAAUGGGCAACCUCAUGGUUUUUUCAAAUCAUCUAGAGGAGUAAAGCAAGGAGAUCCACUGUCCCCUACUUUAUUCAUUUUGGCUGCAGAAUAUGAUACUAUCAUUUUCACCUCUGCUAAUGAACAGUCUGUGAGAUUAGUAAUAAAGACUUUGAGUAAUUAUGAGAAGGUGAGUGGUCAGAAGAUCAACAAGCAGAAAAGUGUUGUUUAUAUGCAUCAUUUGACAUCUCAUAACAUUAAGGAGUUGGUAUUUUCUGUCACUCAGAUUCCUGAAAAGGAUUUUCCAUUCACAUAUUUGGGUGUACCAAUUUACUAUGGGAGAAGAAUGAACAUUCACUACAAGGAGAUAAUAGAAAGGAUUCAGAAUAGACUGAGCUCGUGGACUGGUAAGCUGUUAUCUAUUGGAGGAAGGACAACAUUGAUUAAACAUGUUGUACAGAGCAUGCCUAUACACCUAUUAUCCGUUUGUGACCCCCCUAGUGGUGUACUUGCUCAGAUUCAUAGAUUGUUUGCUAAGUUCUUUUGGAGCAACUCUGUGGGAAACUCAAGUAAGCACUGGGCAACUUGGACAACCUUAUGUCAUCCACAAGAAAAAGGUGGCAUGGGGUUCAGAAGCCUACAAGAUAUAUCUAAAGCCCUCUUUGCUAAACUGUGGUGGAACAUGAGAACCAAACAAUCCUUAUGGAGAACUUUCAUGAGUAAUAAGUACUUAAAGAAGUUUCAUGCUGUGAUAGCCCCUAGCGGAUCAGGUACUUAUGUGUGGAAGAAGAUGAUUAAAAACAGAGAUGAGAUGGAACAUGAGAUAUGGUGGAAGCUUCAACAAGAUUUUGAGUGUGAUCCCACAAUCAUCCUUGUAAAAGAAAUUGCAGAAGUGGGGCAAUGGGAUGAACAGUUGCUAAGAAGAAUCCUUCCUGGGGAUCUAGCAGACCAUAUUAUGCAGCACAUUAAUCCACCAAAUGAAAAUGGCCAAGCAGAUAAGGCUUUCUGGAAGUUAGAUUCGAGGGGGAAAUUCACAGUUGGGUCUGCAUUUCAAUUGCUCAGACAAAGAAAAGAUCCCAGUAAUUUGUAUAAGCAGAUGUGGAUUAAAGGACUACCAAUAAAGAUAUCUUUUUUUAUGUGGAGAUUGUGGACGUUCAAGCUACCACUGGAUGAUAAGUUGAAGAAAUGGGGACACCAAUUCCCUUCCAGAUGCUAUUGUUGUCAACAUCCAGAAGUGGAAGAUACCUCCCAUGUUUUUUUACACUUACCAACAGAAGCCAUCUGGAAGUAUUUUUGUGGACCAGUGGGAAUAAUUAUUGAGAAUUUGCAAAGAUAUUCUCCAAAUAUAAGGGUAACACUAGUGAUUUGGAGAACUCCAGAUAUUGGAUGGAUAAAAGUCAAUACUGAUGGAGCCUCAAGAGGAAACCUGGGUAGGAGUUCAUGGGCCUUUUGUGUAAGGGAUGAAAGGGGAGAUGUGAUACAAGCACAGGCUAGAGAAAAAGAGGAUCCUCAAAGCACCAACACCGAGGCAGAGGCCCUGGCCAUUUUACAGGCUCUCAGGUAUCACAGAACAACCACACUGAAGGAAUACCAACAAGCAGCGAAACACAGUGUAAUCAGGAUACAGGAAACAGAAAAAAACAAAAAAGAAUACAGAUGCAUACCAAAUAUGAUCAAGAUCCAACUCAGGAAAGCCUCAAAGGGGAUUUUAAUUAAUAUAAGGUUGAUCUAUGUUCAAUUCGUGGUAUUAGCACCAAGUUGUGCACAAUCGAAUGGACAAAAGUCAAUUUUAUAUGGGUUAAAUCACAAAGAGGAAGAUACAUAUUUGCUCAGCCAAACUUUUCAAUCGAAACAUAGAGAAGACAGAACAAUGGAGAUUACAAAACAAGCAAGAAUCAAAUGCAGAGAUACAGAGAAGGUAAAUAUAGCAAAGAGAGAGGAAGGGACAUACCAGAUCAAAUAG